GCCGCCUGAAGGUGGCAGUGUAGGCAGGGUGGAGAUAGCUUCUGCUGCAUGGACACAGUGGUGAGCGCAGCGUAGUCUGCCAGCGAGGGUAGGUAGAGCUUAAAGGCGCUAAAAUGUCAGGAAAGAGUUUUCGAGUCAGCGACGGGGACUGGAUAUGUCCGGAUAAAAAGUGUGGAAAUGUGAACUUUGCCAGAAGGACAAGUUGCAACAGAUGUGGUAGAGAAAAAACUACAGAAGCGAAGAUGAUGAAGGCAGGAGGGACGGAGAUUGGAAAAACACUCGCUGAAAAGAGUCGAGGCCUCUUCAGUGCGAAUGACUGGCAAUGCAAAACAUGUGGAAAUGUGAAUUGGGCGAGACGGUCAGAGUGCAACAUGUGCAACACCCCCAAAUAUGCCAAGCUUGAAGAAAGAACAGGUUACGGUGGAGGGUUCAAUGAAAGGGAGAAUGUGGAAUAUAUCGAACGGGAGGAAUCUGACGGUGAAUAUGAUGAGUUUGGUAGGAAAAAGAAAAAAUACCGUGGGAAGAGCAACAGCACGUCUUCCUCAAAAGAAAGUGAAAAGAAGGAAGUGCCAAAAGAGGAGGAGGAGGAGGAAGAAGACGAAGAGGAGGAGGAUGAAGAUGGUGACCUGUCCAAAUACAAAUUGGAUGAUGAUGAGGAGGAGGAAGAUGAUGAUGAUGAAGAUGGUGACCUGUCAAAGUACGACCUGAUUGCCAGUGACGAAGACGACGAUAAGCCAGCUAAGAAAAAAGGCAGCCGCUCCGGUUCAUCCCGCUCCCGUUCCCGCUCCUCCUCGCGCUCCUCCAGCUCCAGUUCACGGUCUAGGUCCAGAUCCCGCUCUAGAAGCUCAUCCAGUUCCAGAUCUGGAUCUCGCUCGAGGUCCCGCUCCAGAUCCAGCUCCAGGUCUGGAAAGGGCUCCUCUCCCCGGAAGAGGUCCCGCUCCCCCUCCUCCUCACCUGAGAGGAGACAGAAGCGCAGUCGCUCCAGGUCGUCAUCUGGAGGGAGAAAACGGAGGCGUUCUAGAUCGCGUUCGUCCGAAAGGCGGCGUGGCCACUCUUCAGGAUCGUCCCAUUCUGGCUCCAGUUCAAAAAAGAAAUAACUUUAUUACUGUCUUUAAUACAAGAAAAGGAAUCCUAGUGGAAGUGCAUGUUGUGUUGCCAAAAAACAAAGACAAAAAAAACCAACCAUCCUUUCAGCAUACUUUCAUUAAAAGUCUUAAACCCCCUCCCAGAGAAAGAGAGGCAGCAGCUCCCUUUUUAAAACCACAUUCAUCCCGAUAUGUGACGAGUGUUUGUAUAGGUUUCCAAUAAACAUAAAUGUUUGGUCCUAUAUGAAAAUCAGAUAUAGUGUCAAGAGGCUGUAUUCCAUUUUAAACCCACUUAAUAUCUUCAUGGCAGUACACUUAGUUUCUGAAAAAAUCGGAGCAAAAUCUGUCCUUUUGGUUUUUUUAAUUUUUCCCUUAUGGGCCCUAAGAGACGCCAAUGAUUUUUCUAACAACUUACAUGGUUUGUUUUUUUAAGUAAGGGUGAAGUUCUUCAGCACCAAUUUAGCCGACUUGUGAUUUAGCUAUGAAUUUUGGCCUGUUUGUUUGAUUUUGAUGAUAAAUGUCCUCUAUUUUGUGUUUUCAAGGUAAGUAUUUUACUUUUUGAUAAUGCUUGUUUUAAGUACGUUCUUGGUUGCUCGGUUUAGGUUUAAUUUUUGUUUUCUUUUACAUAAUCGUGGCGUAUCUGGACUCCAUGCUACCGAUUAUUUCUUUGAAUUUGUCAUGAAACAAAUUAAUUCAUUUUUUUCCCUUUUUGCUCCAGAUUAGUGCAGAAAGAGUAGCAUUUCUGGUAACAUGUGGCAGUACAGUCUUUACUGAUUAAAAUACCUGAAAUGUACUUGUGUAAAUAAAAUUCUGUCAACAUUG